GUUCGGGACGUCUUUCAUUUUGGUUUCCCACGCUCUCAUUCGCAGAUCCACAAGAAAAUCCAUGGGUUUUCCCGCUUUGAUUUGAUUUGUAUGGUUUAUUUCUGAUGUAUUAAAUAUGUACAGAAACCGGAAAUUUGGAAAAUCCACUAGGACCAAGAGUACAGAUUCGAAUGAUGGCAAACGAGCCCUUAAUACAAUUGACGAGAACUCCACAAUUAAAAUACCACGCAUACAAAAUGAAAAUGAUAAAACCAAUGAUUGUGAAGUUCAAAAUGUCGAAGAAGUGUACAGCAGCGAAGAGAAUAUUCCCGCAUCACAAGAGCCCACUCAAAGAUAUUUGUCACAAAGGAGCACUAUUGCAGCUACAUUGGGAAGGACACAGUCUCGCUUGAACAGUUCACAGAGACCACCAAAUACAUAUUUCGAACUGGUCCUUAUGAAAGCCGGCGUACAAUUGGAUGAGGGAGAGAAUUUUGUUUUGUCUUGUGAUCAUGUAGCCUUUGUCAGUAGAUUACGCGAUUUACUGGAUAGAAAUCAGAAUUUUAAAGACAACUAUGAAAUGUUUAGAAAUGGUCUUCGUGAUUCAUGGCCAAAAUUUGGAUUGAAGUUGUUGACAGGAUGUACUAUAAGUAUACCGGGGGAGGAUAGUGUUUAUCAAUCCCAGCACAGUAUGAUAGUAAAUUUUUUUAUGAUUGAAUCUCUACGCGAUCGUGUACUGGAUUUACUAUUGGACAAAAUCGAGAAAACUGCGAUUGAAAAACCUACUUUUACUUCGACCAUAAAUGUUCCAUUGUUACCACUCAUGUUGGCUCAACUGCAACAUGUUGCGUGCACUCAUAGCGACAUAAUUUACAAUCGCAUUAAGAAAAUAUUUGAAAAGGCCUUGGACCAAUCAAAAUGGGAUAUUGUUUCAAAUGCAGAAAUAAUAUUAGCACCCACUAAACACGACGAGUUUGCCCUGUUAUUGAUUGAUAAUAUGGCAAAUAGUUUGGAACUGUUUAAAACUGUUAAUAUUCAGACUUUGAUCAAUUUAAAUCUAUCCUCAAAUGUACAAGGAAUAUUAAGGGCAAAGAUUUUGGAGUUUAUAAAAAAUGGGCAUUGUCCAAAAAAGACACUUCCACUUCUUGUGAAAUUUCUAUUGAAAAUACUUGCAGAAGACAAUGAGGAUAAUAUGAAAGAGCUGGUCAGUACAUUACGUGAAAUUCUCAAUUGGAAUGAGAACGAUUCAACAACAUUGGCCAAAGAUAAACAAUUGCAAUUGGAAUUGUUCAGUUAUAUAGAACAGGGAUUUACGCGUUCCAAAAAAUUCUAUUCAAUAUGGCAAAAAACUAUAGCUUCCACAAAAUCAUCAAAUUUCAAGGCAAUCGAUUUUGUUAUUAUUUUGUUAUUGAUACACAUAAGAGAAGACAACUCAUUAUAUAUUGAAAAUAUUUUACGUCGCCAUGUCCGUCAUUUAUCUACAUCUGUGGUUCAAGAUAUACGUAAUAGGUAUGCUCCAGUAUUGGAAUAUCACUGGCAUAUUUUGAUGCAAAUAAUAAAUGGUUUUCUCCGAGAUAAACAUAAAUCUGUUGUUGAUUUUGCCAGGAUAUCUUGUGGGUCAUUUUUUGAUAUUUCAGAAUCAGUUCAAAAACUAAUAUUGAAAAAGUUAUUGGAAUUAACAUGUGAAAAAUCAAAUCAAAAUACUACCAACUUCGCCCUUAGAAUGUUACGCGAUCUAUGGCAAUUAUAUCCUAGAAUUAUACAUAAUUGGGGCAUGUUAUUAUUGCCAUUUUUAGAUCACAUCCAUGAAAUGUCUUUGUCCCAAACUCGCAUUGUUAUGGAAUUAUUAUCGUCUAUAGCCUUUCCAGCACCUACAUUGGAUGAAUGUACGACUUUGCAAGACCAAAUUGAUAUGUUAAUAAAAAAACAAAUAAUUAAUCGUAAUAAUUCAGUUAAAAAGCAAGGUAUUAUAAGUGCUGUACAAUUAAUCGACUGCAUUGCACGUGUUGAAGAAUCUGCCAUACAGGCUGAAGAUUUUGAAACAACAUUUAAUACUGUUAGUGAUCUACCGGAUGGUAGAGGAAAAAUUGCCGCAAAUUAUAUGGUUCGAAUUCAAUCGUCAACCAUGAAUUCACCAGAAUGUUUGGCUUUAUUCUAUGAUGAAUUGGCAAAUGUAUGCUCCGCAGGCGGAGAUGAUCGUGCAAAUGGUUUACUUUUAGACAUACCAUUUGUCAUAUGGCUGUGUGAACUAAUGACGUAUUAUUUUCAAAAUAGUUUUGUAGCUGAACACAAUCCUGAAACCAUACAUGGCAUCAGUUUGGUUUAUAUGAAAUGUAUAAACACGCCAUUAGAUGCGAAUACGGAAGAGAGUGAAUUGCCACAAAUUGCCAUAAAUAUUGCCGAAUUAGUUUUGAAGCCCAGCAACGAAGCAAUUUCGUCCAUCCUUGUACUGUCACCACUUUUCAAUUUGGUACGUGUUUUACAUAUGCAACGCUAUGAGGGAAGUUUAGAGAUUAUAAAUGCCCUGUUAGGUUGUGCCAUUAUAUUACCCAGUUUCUUUGAUGACUCCAAUUUGGAUGCAAUUUUCUAUGAUUACGAUGAAACAAUGCAAAAAAAGAUUCUUGAUAUAUAUUUCCACUGUGUCAACUGGAUACGUGAAACUGUUAGCUCAUUUGCAACGCAACGUGAAGAAAUGAUACGAAAAAAGGUUCUACAACGAUUGGCUGAUCUUAUUAGUAUUGAAGAUAAAAUAAGACAAUUAUUGGCAAAAGCUCCUCGAGGCUAUAUACCUCCACAAUGCCAAUUUAUAAGUGAUAGUUUAAAUUGUAGCAAUAAACUAGUGAGUGGUGCCCCAGGCAGAGGUCGCCCUGCGGCAACAGGUUCUGGCAAUAAAAAGGCUACGAAUAAAACUAAAAUUGUGGAUAAUGAAACAAUGAAUUUGGAUGAAACAAAUAUUAAUGACACAACAUCUCGACCAGCUGAUAUAACCAGCAAACUGGCGGGGUCCAGUAAAAAUAAGACAUCCUUCAAGAAUAAUUUUGAAAAUCUAUAUGGUCCCAAGGAAAUGUACAGACAAAUGGAUACAAACAUAAUAUUGGUAUUGAAAGAAAAAUUUAAUAUUAAAUAUCCUUUGCCAGUGGAAUGUUUAGGAACGGAGAUGGGUCUGUUAGAGUUAAGAUUUAUUCUCACAGACAUUGUUAGCAAAUUAGAAUCGGUAGUUGGUAUCCAAAAAUUCCAAUCUGAACAAUCCCUACAGUAUAUAGCCAAACCCGGUCAUUUUAUGUGCGAUCUUUCGGAAUUUAUCUAUAUUGUUAACAAUGACAUGAAAGUUCUAUCCGAUGCCAUAAAUUUAAAGUUGGAAGAUGUCCAGCGAGUGUAUAGUCAUGCUGAUUUAUUCACAGAAGAGUUUAAUUUAUUAAAAGUUUGCUUUGGUUUGUGUUUACGAUUGCUGGUGGCAUAUUUCUCGUGGUCCGAGUGGUUUGUUAGUGAACAAAGGAUAAACAAAUUAAAAGAAUCUCUUUUGGUAUGUUUGGAACGCAAAAAGGCCCAAAGUUUAAAAACCAAAUCGGUUGGCAUUAUAACUGCGGAAGUUUUUUCAAUUUUCAUUAGCUAUGAAACUUCAGUGGUAGAUUUAAAAUCGGCUGUUUAUCUAUAUCAAUUGAUGAUAAAUCUAAAUUUUCUCUCCAACAAGGAGGCCAAAGAGAGACAAUUGCAUGAAAUACGUUCAUUAUGUCGCACUUUAUUGUGUCGCAAGUGGUUUAACUAUGAAGGUCUUUUGGAAAAGGGUGCGCAGUGUAAUGUAUAUUUAGAUGAGUUGGUCAAAGGUUUCCUACGUGAUUCCGAUUUUAAGAGGCAACGUGAAAUAUUACGUGCUGUCAGUGAUGAAUCAAAACACUUGAGCGGCAAGGAUACAUCCCUAAAAUCUUUUCCAAAUUUUAAGAAGGCUAAUUUUCCUUUGUUUUUUCGUGGUUUAUGUGAAAUUCUUAUUACCGCAAUAAAUGACAAGAUUACCAGCAAUGCCUUGAAAUCAAAUGACAAACUUGAGUUAUGGGAAUCUAGUUGCAAGUUACUCAAUAUGCUAUUGGAAAUAGUACAAGGUUUGGAUAUACCUAGAAAUUUUCAGAUAUUCGUAAAGUAUUCCCAUUUAUACUUAAAACUUGUUCUUCAACAUGGCCUGCCUGUGUUUGAGAAGUAUUUAAGACAAAAUCCCGAUCGUGUAUGUGAAUUGAUAAAAACAAUGCAGACAACUACCAGAUAUUUACACCAUUUAUGUUGCCACUCUAAAGCCAUUAAAAAUACGGCAAUUGUCAGUCAAAUACCAUUUUUACGAGAGACUGUGGAAAAUUAUGUUUUUCGUGUUAAAGCCCUAUUAACGGCCAAUAAGUGUGCCUCAGUAUUUACAAUGGGCAAUCUGAAAAAUAAAGACAUACAUGGCGAUGAUUUAGUAACACCGUCUGUUUCGAUGAGUACGGGCACCAGUCAUGACAGUGAUGAGGAAAUACCAGACGAUGAUGUUAGUGUUGAUGAAACUGUAAUGGGAUGCGAUGAAAGUGAUAAUACACGAAAUGAUCGAAGUAAAUCCUCGUCAAGAAGCAAAUGUUUCUAAAUAUAUGAUUUUUAUUUAUUAUUAUAUAUUUUUAUACUUUUGUAACGUGUACUUCUAAACGUCAAAGCUUUGGAAAAUAUUAAACGCUCUGCAACUGCA